UGUAAAGAUUUCUUACUACAUACCACUAUUUUGUAUUAUAUUUGUAUUUUAUAUUAUCAGCGUUUCUUUUACCAUUGAAACUUCAAAGGAAGAUUGCACUCACGUUGAAGUUGUGUUAUUCCUAGUAUGAAACUGGUUGAGAAAUUUCCCCCCAUUUUCCCCGAAAUUUGUGAAAUUUUAUUAAAAUUUACAGACAGUACUCGUUUGUGUAAUCAACUCCUGCAGUUAUAAUUUUUUCUAUUCUUGAAUUAGGAGAUUUUUAUUUAAACCUUUGUAAGAAUGUAACAAUUUUUGUUUAGAACUCACAUGAUGAGCAUGCAAAUUGAUUAAGGUUAAUCGUCAUCACAAAUGUUUGACCUUUUAUAUUUCCAUAUAUUUAAAUUUCAGUAAAGACCAUUCUCCUUUGUUGAUGGAAAAUAUGAACUUGCACAACUGAGCUACUUCAGGCUAUGAUCAAUUUUUGUAGAAUUAUUUUCAUACUUAUGAUGUGUGUGAAGAGAAACUUAAAACAAGGGAAAUUUUAUUAAACUAUGCUCCAAAAUAUUAAAAAAAUGUUUGUGAUUUAUAGGUGUUAGCCAAUAAAUAUUCUGUUCUUUUUUUAUAACCUCUUUUUUUAGGUAUUUACAUAUCAGAUGUCUGCUAACUAAUAUAAGAGCAAUAAUUUGAGCUAUGUAAAUAAAAAAAAUGUAAACAUAGUUCUAAAUAAAAAUGGAAAGAGAAAUUGUGGGUAUUUAAAAAAACAUUUGGUCAAUUUUCAAAAUUCAAGUUGCAUGUAUAAAAGCACAUCUGAUAUUUUUACUGUUUUAUGUAUGAGUUCAAACAAUUAUUUUUUAUAUUGAGAAUUACUUCCAUGCUGCCAUGAAUGUAAAAAGAAAAUAUUGUGAGAUGCUUUGGAACAUUCUUUGGACAAUUGUAUAUUGGAUUAUAAUACAACGGAAAGGACAUUGGAAUAUUAAAAUGGAUUCAGUGAACUGGUUAUCACAAAGAAUUAUGUUGAAAAGCAUGAAAAGUAGCCAUGGCAGCAGCUCCAAGGAAGAUGGUUACAUAAAUCUUCAACCAAGUCUGAGGCUUCACCAAGAAAAUAAGAAGGUUUUUUUUGUGAGAUUUUUUCAUGGUGUGGGAAUAAGACUUGGAGGUCUAACACAGCUAGUAUAUAGAUUAGCAUCAGCUUGUCUGUAAGGAUUGAGGCUGAGAAUGGCCAUUGGAGCUGACUAAUAUGGUAAGAACCAAUACAUAAAUUAAUGAGUCAUUUAGCCAAGAACAUGUAAAUACCCUAGAAUGUUAUGCAAAGAAGUAUUAUAUUUUAAUUAUGCAGAUCUUGAGACGUAGUAAACUUUAAUUUUUCUUGAACUAUAACUGUGAUAUAAUCUAAAGGGAGGUAUCAAGAUAAAUAAAGGAAAUAAAAAAAUUAUUCAGUUACUUAGAAAAUCUUACUAUCUGUAAGUUUUCUAAAAUUGUUCCCGUAUAUAUGUUACAGUAAAUAGGUGAAAUUAGGAAUUACAUGU